AACCAAUCAAAUGCGCGAAAAUUAUAAACAUCGGAACUACAUUGUUGUCGCAACAAAUUCCGGAAGCCGUGUUUUUAUAAUUUUUGGAAGGAUUUAGAAAAGGUUCAAAUGAAGUCAUGGCAACAGCCGAGGACAAUUUGCGGAACCAGUUUCAGCUCUUGCAGGACCAGCAACAACAAAAGUUGAUGCGAAGGAAGCAGAGAAAAGAGGAGCAACAACGAGCAAAAACAGCAUCUGUCAUAUCUAUCACCACCCCAACAAACAAUGCCUUUGGAGUUACAGAUAAUCUGGACCUUAAGCUUGCUCAGGCAUCACAGAAAAGUUUUCUAUCUGAGGAACUUGUAGACCAUCUUCAUGAACAAAUUCGGGAAUUGAAAGAUGAGAAUGGGCGAGUGUACAAACUACUCAGUGAACGGGACUUUGAGUUGAGGAACCUGAAGAAGAAAUGGGAGGAGGAGAAAGUAGCACUUGCAGCCACUGGAGGGCCAGUUACAAACGAGACUGCAGGAACCAAAAUAGUGGAGCUGUCAAAGCGGAUAAGAGAAAUGACUGCUGAGCUGGAGUCUGAGAAAACAAAGGGCAAACAACUCUCAAAGAAAUGUCAGCAGUUGCAACAACAGGUCAACUUGAUGUUUUUUCAGGUAGCAGAAUCAAAUAAGAACUCUGACAACAAGUCAAUAAGAGCUUCAACGAUCAGUCUUAGAUCAAGUAUGGAAGAAAAGACAGAAGACCCAAAUGAGAUCAAGGUGCUACAAGACAAGCUGCGACAGAUGGAGUCCAAGAUGAUAGACUACCGUAACAGCAACUCUACCCUCAAGCAGGAACUUCUAAAGGCCACAAAGGCUCUAGCCCAAGAGGUAGGAGAUGGGAUGAAUGUUCAGGCCUGCCUCAACUCAAGCAGCAACUGGCGGGGCCGGGCACAGACCAUACUGCAACUGCAACAAAAGAAUGAUGAGCUAAAGCAGGAGUUACAGCGACUGCAGGGUACCGGUGAUGGUAUAAACCUGGAAGCAGAGAUGCUGGGAACCAAGAAGCGCAGCAGUGCGGUGGACCGUCACAAGGAUCAGCUCAAGAAGCUGGACAAGGAGAAGAAGGAGGCUCAGGAGAAAAUGGCUGCUGAAAAAGAAGCCCUGGAGGAAGAAAAUUUUGCAUUAAAGCACAAACUGGAGGUGUCCAAAACAAGAAACCAGGUUCUAAGCAAUGAAAUCAAGUCACUAAAGAAGGAAGUCCCUCAACUCUUGCAAAAAAAUGAACAUGACAAUGAACUCAUUGAAGCUUUAAUGAGAGAGCAGACCAAGCUCCGCCAACAGCUCGACGAGGCCCAGAGGAGCCAGCACAACAUACGUCUGGAGCAGCAGAACAAACUGAACGAGAUCCAGGCCAAACAGCAGCACGAGAACAACGUGGUGGAGCAACUCAAGGUCAUUGUGUCCGACAGGGAGAUGAAGGUGAAGGUGCUGGAGAACGAGAUACAACAGCUGAAACUUGCGCACAUGCAAAGGGCACAGGCCAACCGGCUGUUCAACACCAGUCAGGAUGUGUCCCAGCUGCAAGGUGUCACACCGGUUCCCAUCCAGAACGUCACAAUUGACAGUCGACCUUCCACAGGGUUUGAGACCAUUGACCUUCAGUACCAGGUCGGGAAUGAGACACCACCAGAAUCCAGAAUCUCCCAUGUGAAUGGCAUGGAGAUGCCUGCCCCUCCGUCGCGCUCCAACACCCUAGGAGAUCUCCAUAAGCCUCCCUCCAGGGGCCAGUCUCGGGCCCAUUCCCGUAGUAACAGACCCCCGUCUGGAAACCGGCCUCCAUCAGCUGGCAGGUCUGCAGGGGACAGCAAGGGCAUGGACGCGCAGGCUAUGGCCCAGUUGCAGUACCAGUGCCAGGAGUACCGCACGGUCGCCCAGGUUGCUGAGGUCGAGAAGGACAAGCUGGCUGAACUCACUAAAGUGCUGCAGAAAAGGUGUGAUGAGGCCAAUAUGCGGCUGCAAGAUGUCCAGAGAGAGCUUGUGGAGCAGAGGAGACGCAAUGCCAUGUUGGAGAAGCAGAUCGGCAAGGUGAACAUUGCCAGCGCCUCUGCCUCUGCCACAAGAUCAGCUGGAGGUAUGUCUGCCAGGAAGAAGUCCAGUCUGACGGGCAGUGGAAGCAACAUGCCUGUGAUGCCUGAGGAGGAGGAACCCAGCAAAAUGUCCACGGAAGAGCUCAUUGUCAACCUUGAAAUACAGAGAGACGAGAACGAGGCUCUGAAAACUGCCCUGAAAACUACACUGAAGGCGAAAGAGGAAGAUAUGCGAGUGUACAGUGACACUAUUGAAGAAACUAAAAAGGUUUUCUUGCAGGCAUUAAGGCAAUACAAGCAGACUGUGCAUGGAACUUAGCUGUACUGGUAUAUCAAAAAUGUGCCUUUAAACCAUAAGGUAUUCAAUGAGUACAUGUAGAUGUAUGCAUGGUCUUGUAAAACCCUUUCCCCCGUAAGAAGCAAAGUGAAAAUGUCUUUUGAAACCAGCAUAAAACCAGAACAGUCUGCGAGUAACUCGCAGUCUGUUCAGGUUUUAUGCUGUUUGCUGCUCAUCAGUAUCUAAGGGUUGGAAAUAAAGCCUUAAAAAUUGGAAUCUAGUAAGAAAGGUCUCUAAUUAAAUAUUAUUUUCUGAGGGACUACAAAGGCGUGAAAAUAGGUAUCUAAGUGGUAAAGGGAUAAGUGCAAGAGAGCCAUAAGGGUUAUAAUCCACUGAGACCAGUACCAAUUAUAAAGCAUGGAUCAUGCAGGUGAUUUCUGUACAUUUGUAAUUCAAAGAAAUGCACUCAUACUAGAUAGGCAAAAAAUAGUUUUCUUGAAAUUAAGUCUACUCAGGGCUCUUGCUGGGUUGAAAUUUUUCUUUUGCCACCGGUUUUGCCAUUUUAAUUUAUUUCCCGCCAUGUAAAAAAAUAAGCUAUAUUGUAGCCAUUCUUAAAUCAUGCCAUUUGUUCAAAGAGUAUAGUUGAAAAUCCAUUUUUGCCACUUGUUUUCGCUAAUUGAAACAUGUUAUCGCCACUUUUCUUAAAUUUUCGCAUUUGGCGACAAUUGUGAAUGGUAGGGGGAGCCCUGCCUUCUCUAUUUGUAUAAUAUAAAUGUAACUAUUUAUUUGUGAAUUAGUCCUCCGCUUAGAAUUGAUACUAUGUAAGCAUAAUGUUGGUUGCUGUUUGUUCAAAAUUACACAAUGUGUUGUAAUCUUCAAAUUAAUGUUAUUUUAGUGUAAUAAGUUUUUGAAAAUAUCAACCUUGCUCUGAUCUUUGUGAAGGAAAGUAUUGCAAUACCAUAACAAACAAUAUAUUAUUCCAUAUCGGAAGUGAUUUAAAUUGAUUGAAGCCUACUUCACUUAUUACACAGUUAUGACCUCAUUAACCCUUCUCCACUCAGAAGCAAAGUGAAAAUGGCUAUGUGCAAACAACAUAAAACCAGAACAGCCAGCGAGUAACUCGCAUUCUGUUCAGGUUUUAUGCUGUUUGCUGCUCAUCAGUAUGUAAGGGUUGGAAAUGAAGCCUUUAAAACCUGAAUAUAGCAAGAAAGGUCUUAAGUUAUAUAUUUAACUUUCUAAGGGACUACAAAGGAAUAAAAAUAUGUAUCUAAGUGGGAAAGGGUUAAAGUUGUGCAAAAUCUGCACACGCAAAUACAGUACACAAUCCAUGGGUAAAAUGAAUGCUAAUGUAGUGUUUUUCCCAGGAGGGCAAAGGGGCAUGGCGCAUUACUUUCAAAAAGGGCAUUUUAGCGCGCAGUUUAGGCAAAAAAGGGCAAAAACGUUCCAUGUUAUUUGCUCCACGAAGCAGUUGUGGAUAAAAUUACAUAUAAACAAGCACAUUUAAUGGUAAUAGAUGUAUUUAACUUACUAUGAUUUAUAUUAAUAUAUUUACCUUGCAAUGAACAUUUAAGUUCCAUGCUGUUUCAAUAAACUGUACAGCACGACAAACAUAAUAAAGCAAUAUAUGCAUAUGAAUCUGAUUAUACACAGAUCCACUAACAUAUAAAUGAAACCAUGUUUGUCUUAUCCCAUUUUCUAACAAUAAUCUCGACAGAUGUUUAAAAUAACAUUGCGAGUAAAUUGAUCUCUAACAAUAUGCAAACACUCGUUUCCGUGACAUACAUCCACCGAGUAGAUUACAAAUAAAUAAAUUAUGUUGUUGCUAUCUAAAACAUUUUUAUGCAUCGUUGAUUAUGACAGACAUUUCAUUUAUUCCUUCUUAAUGUAUAAUCUCCAUCGUUAGUUCGAUCGUUUACAACGUUAUUUGCCAUUUUUGCCGAGUCACAAUUUAAUUCUGUAUAGUCCGCCAUGUUGAUAAAAUGUCAAAUGAUGUAAGCGACAGGUGCGCAUAGCAACGUUAAAUCGUAUACGCGAUUAGUAUUUUGUUAAAUUGGUAUACGUCUCGGUAAUUAUUUCAAUAAUUAGAUCUAAUUAUCUUAAAGACGAAAUCGAUAAAGAAUAAAUUUGUUUGUGAAUUUAAAAGUAAUUAUGCGUAAAAAAAUAUGUUUUGAUAUAACUGAAUAAUGCAUGCAAAGCACAAUUGCCACAAGAAUAACAUCGAGUUUUUCAUCAAAUGUCUCCGAAGUAAUGAUUAUAUCGUGGAGGAGUACACAUUGCCGAGCGAAAAGUGCGCUUGGUAUAACAUAGCCUCCGGCAUUAUCGAUUGAUACUGACACGGGGUUAUUCACGCAUGACUAAUUCACAGCUUUGGGGCAGCCAGUAAGACCUAAUCGAGCACUGUUAUAGAUUAAAUCUGCUCAAUUAAAUAUAGUCGAUUAGACGUUGACGCCUCUCGAGUAAAUCAAGCACAGUCGGAGCGUCACAGACAAUCAAGGAAGCUGAUUUUGCGGACCAAGUUAGAUCGUAAGGCAAAUUUCGCCUUUCGUGGCGAAAUUUGCCUUUGAAAAAAAGGGCGCGUGGCGAAAUUUGCCCUUAAAAAGGGCAGCGUGGCGAUCCGGGAGGGCGGCGUGGCUUUUCGCCACGCUAAAAUGGCCUGGGAAAAACACUACUAAUGGAGUCCAAGGUGCCAGGUUACCAGUUAUAAUCUCAAGCCAUAGCCAUAGUAAAAUAAGAUGAUUGUUUUACAUGAUGACUCUGCGUUAUCAAGCAUAGUGUGUAAUGCUAUGUAUACAUAGUACACAGGGAGGGAAUCAAAUGAAGGGCUUAAAUGUCUUAUUUCACAAAUUAUGUGCAUUUCUUUUGAAUUUAAUUGUGUGAUAUGAUAGAAGUGCUUUUCUAUUUGAUGUUUAAAUGGAUAUAGUUUAUGUGAGUGUCAUGGUUGCUUGGUUUUGCUAGUUACAAUAAAAUUGUAUAUGGUUUGAAUGCAGAAUAUUCUCAGUUAGGUUACUGAAGACUUAGUCCAUUUUGAUUUAUUACAAAUUAGGUGUGCUGUAAUUUUUUCACACACCAAUGUCAUGCCGAGCAAUACUUUUCUGUUCUUUAAACUACUGUCUUUAUUGAAUACCCUUUAUUACUGAAAAAUUAGAGAUUUGCUUUACCAACCAGUGAAAUACACGAUUACAGAUCAAACUUGUAUUUGUGAGUAUGUGCCGCACUAUUUCUUCCUGAAUUACCCUAACAUACAAGCAGUUUUCCCAUACUACUGUAACAUACUAGCAUGACUUUUUCUGCGUAUGAUGUGAUUAUACAGCUCAAAUAUUAUUUUAUUUUAGAUAGAAUAGUCAAGUCUCUAUUCAAUUAUUUGUAUGAUAAUAUGAUAUGUAUUUUUUAUCAUCUACUGCACCACACUUGACAUCAAUGUAUUUUCAGAAAUAAAGUGUGUUAAUGAAUAUAAUAAAAGGGGAAAAAUGGUAGUCGAGUAUGCAUUGGUCUCGUGGCUAUUGCUAUUUAGCAAUACACUUGAGGCAAAGUUCCGUGUAUAGUGCAUCACUGCACUAGCCUCUUUAGUAGAAAUACCGGUAUGCCUAAUCUUCAUAUAAUUUAAAAACUAAUCAAAACAAUACAAUGCACACAUUCCAAUAGUAUUCCUUUGUUAGAUAAUUGUGUCAUGUAAUGCAGAAAUGUCUGUCCGUCCAUCUGUAUUGUUUUAUUUGCACAUGUUAACUUGUUUGUUUUUAUUAAUUAUUUAUGUGAAUUAUUUCAAAUUUGAAAUAAAGUUAAAAAACUUCAAA